UCACAUUCAAUUGUACCGUGGCAUCGAGACUUGAUCACACCAUGUCGAAUCGAAGUGAAAGGCGAUCGCAGCGUGACGUUACAAUUCGCCUUUUGAGAAACGACAGUGUAUCAUAAGCUUGCAAAGUGGGACUGUGGCCGAUAGUCGUCCUUCUGUUUACUCCUUCAGCUGCCUCGAAACGUUCUCUCUGCGUUCGUGCGGUGCACGCACGAGCGGGCAGAAUGUUAACCCACCUCAAUGUGUGGCGGGGUGUUACGAAGGCAAAUAUCUUCUGCUCACCACUUUCGGAACUGAACGGGAAGAAUGUGAAGGGAACUACUUCACCUCUUCCGGAAAUUUGCAGCGUAGAGUCUAGUCGGAGCAGUUUUCAACCCCCGGGGAGUGACGAACGUGAUGGCACCUCAAGAGCGAGAGAGCCGCGGGUGCUUCGGGCAGCUGUCUCCGGUUGUGAAUGCUCUGCGGGAGGACUAUGCGCGUUCGUACUUUCUGACAGGAGAGUUUCUGGAUUCUCUCUACACGGGGUACUGCUUGUUUGCUGAUCCUACUAUUCAGUUCUCAGGACGAGAUUUGUAUAGACGUAAUUUAAAAUUGCUGGUCCCUUUCUAUGAGGAUCCUUCACUCACCCUUGAAAGUAUCCAGCAGGACGAAGAUGGUGACUCAAAGUUCGUCGAAACUUCUUGGAAAUUGAGAGUUUAUAUAAAACUACCUUGGAAACCCUUCAUUGCUGUGGAUGGUCGCACCAAGUACAGCUUAAAUGCCGAAAAUAAAAUCGUGGAGCACGUAGAGAGCUGGAAUGUGACAGCGAUAGAAGCCUUGGGGCAGAUUUUUAAGCCCUCCGAGAGGGCACUUUGGAAGACCUCCAAAAGUUAACUUUACUAGAAGUCGCGCUGACGGUAGUCGAGCCUAUUCCCUUACUUCGA